AUGUCUGGACGCAUCUCUUCCGACCACUCUCGGUCGGCAUCACGCUCGUCCCAGACCCCUCGUCUCUCUCAAGGUCAGGCGAUGGACUCGACACCUCGCCACUCCUUCGGUCGCAUGUCGCGCGUCUCCAACCCCAACGUCUUUUCCGAUGAGUACUCUUUAGAACCGAUCGAUGCCGACCGAAUCGAACGCGCCCCCAGCCCCGCCUCCAUCUCCUCCUCUAUCACUCUCCGCUCGACUAACCAUCCCCACAAGAACGUCAGUUCGGCCACGACCGAAAACGAAAACCCGUUUGCCGACGAAGCCCGGGUCUCCUUCGAUGACCCCCAUCGGUCAAGCCUGCCCCAGAAGGGGAUGGGCGGUUUCUCCAACAACCGCAACUCUAUCACCUCUGCUCACAAUGCUCCCUUCGUGCAACGAAAUCAUAGCGUCUCGUCCCGUUUCUCUAUGCCUCGUGCCAUGAGCCCCUACACCGGAGCCACUGGCCCCAGCCAUCCGUACGCCAUGUACCCCCAGGUUGGCGUCAGUCGCUCCCCGAGUGUGGGGAGUACCUCGACAGUUCGCCCACAGGAACGCCCACUGGAUGAAAUGAACGGCCCUCAACACCCCUACGCGAUGUAUUCUCAGAAUGUUGUUGAUGAUGGGAUUGAUGACGAUGUGAUCCCGGUCGGGUUCCCCGGCCACAACCCACCGUACCAGCCGCCUUCUGGUCGUCGAGAUGACGAGUUGGGUGACAUUAUUGGACCGGAUGGGCACGCAGAGCCAUUGCCGCCAUAUUCACGUUACCCGACAGGCGUCGUUCCAAAGCCUCCCAGCCCUGAGACAAUGGCUGAUGUCAACCCUCCCCCAGAGGAUCAGCAGCUCCAUUCCGUUUCACGAGAUGUGCCGGUCUCUGAGGCCUCCUCGAGAGUGCUUGUUCCCGAACAAUCUGGGAACAACGAGCGUGUCUGGAACAAUGAGCGCAGCGAAGGCACAAGGGCGGCGCCACUCACUGGCAUCAUGGCAUUCGAGGAGAAGCUGAAGCAGAAAGGAAAGAAAACAGCGUGCUGUGGACUGCCUGUUUGGACACUCGUCCUAAUUGCGACGGUCAUGCUCAUCGGAGGAUCCAUUGGAGGUGUGAUCGGUGGUGUUCUCGGCACAAAGAGAGCUGCUGAAGCUGAGCGGGAAGCCCAACAAGCGCAGUCGAGUGGCCCAUACAUCGUGACAGUCACUCAGACACCUCAGUUGGACUUCUCGACAAUGGCAAGCACGCCGACGAAUCUCAAGUCGGUGCCGACCGGUCAUUAUUUAAUUCCUUCCAUCUUGCGGAAUUGCUCGCGCAUGUGUAUUGAAGGAGAUUACGAAAUGACCAAGGCUUGGGCCUGCAUGGACAAGCCGAACAAUUUUGAAGUCUAUGUUGAAGGGGAUGAUCACGAACACUCCAUUGUUUUUGGGAGCGACGGACCAACUUCGACUUUCACCUAUGGAGCACAGCCGCCGUAUCUUCCAACUCCCACGCAAAGCUUGAACAUGGCGAUUGACACCAGUGACGCCAGCAUGGGCCCUGCACUUUUCUUCUAUGCCCUGUUCAACAAGCUGGUCAUUCUUCCGGACGAAACGUUUACGUCUAGUUCCGUCUCGAAGCGCUCGUAUUUGGACGGAGGAGACAACACCCUCCAUGAGGCCUUCAUGGAUCGCAAGCAGACAGCGGAGCCGGGCGACAUGCCGUGGUUCUGCUGGUGGAACAGCACCAUGAUGGAAUUCUUCCUCUACAUCAACCAGUCGUCGUCAGACAUCUCGUCCGGCAGCACUGCGACUACCGAUGGCCAAAUGCCAGGCGGCACUGCUACUGGCUCUUACCACCAAGAGUCCAAGCGUAUUGGUCAUGCCCCCGACUAUUCUCGGAAGAUCAAGAUUGAAGAGCGACGAGACUACUCCGGAGCAGUGUCACCCUAUUGCCAGCAGAUGCAAGUGAUGCCUAACGGCCAAGCGGUUCCUAUCGCGAAUUCCAUUAUCAACAUCAAAGAGAGGGAGCCCACUCCAACCACCACCUACGUCAAUACCGAGGGUACCUCCCCCCAGACAUACACGGCUAAGGCGCAAUACGCCACGCCGUGCUAUUGUCUGUCUUUGACUGAUUAG